AUGACGGACGCCUUUUAUCUGGCUUCGGCCAGCGACAAACAAAAAUCAUCUUCAUCAAACCCGCCUGUCCCUUGGACACUACACCUCAUAGACGUUCCCGCUCGACCGCUCACAAGACCACCAGCCGUGCUACUCUCCUUGUGGGAUGUUCGCCGAGCGCGACUGACUUCGCCGAGCUACUACCGGCACAUCCCACCUCCUGUGUCACCAUUUCCUGAACCGCAGCGGUCCUUUGCGACAAUUGCGACCCAAACGACGGACAGCGAGUGGGAGUCUCCUGCAAAACCGACUGAGUACCGCCGUCCCUCAACGCCUCCCUGUUCGCCGGAGAGAAGGUACACUCCGCCACCCAGGACAGUGACCGAUCCCUCUCGACGACUGACAUCAUCACUAACGCCGCCCAGUUCGCCGGAGAGCAGGUACACUCCGCCACCCAGGACCGUGACCGAUCCCCCUAGCCGACUGACAUCAACACUGACGCCUCCUUCCCAUUGCAUUGUAACUAAAACUGCACCAUGCAUCACUUGGCAGCCAUGUAAAUAA